GGCUCGCAGUGUAUCGCGCGGCAGCCUGGACCGCGGGCGGCCCGCAGCCUCCGACCUGACGCGUUGACGCGGUGCUUGCGUGCCUUCGAGAACGCACACGAAAACGCGCUCGCAACCAACACGGACGCGCGGCCUUCUGCGUGUUUUGGAACGCACACACAGCACCCGCGUCGCACGCGCGCGCGCGCGCGCGCACCGCACAUGGUCCUCUCGUGUCCCAGCAUCCCCGCCGAUCCCGAGACGAGAUCGUCUCUCCGCUCUCGGCCCGAUCAGUGUAUAACGAGCGCGACCCGCGACAGGAUGAGCGACAGGACGAGCGGACAGCGCGAGGAAUAGGGGGUCCGUCAUGAUCGGCCCCGAGAUCUACGCUCGCCGCGUCGUCGUUAGCCGACUGGCGACCGUGGCCGCACAAAAAUCGAAUAUGACGUUCGGAAACAGCAGUAGCGGUACCAGAGAGGACUCGACGUUGCGAUUGACACGCAUUGCGACAUCGAGAUUGUAGCAGAGCGUGCUCAAUAGGCGCAUCACCGAUCGGAGUCAUCGAUCGAUCGAGCGGGCAAAGACAGCGAGGUCGGAUCGCGUGAAAUUGCGCUCUUCCAAAGUGGGUCGAACCGCGAACGCGUUUACCCUCGCACCGCGAGAAGGAGAACCGUACCAUUUCCCUCGGUGGAUGAGACCCGCGGGAUGUUUGCAGUGGAUUGAGCCUUGAGGUAUGCGCGCGCGCGGAUGUAUCGUACGCGUGCAUCUCUGCACACGCUUGCCUACGAUGCGUAGCGCGAAUCUACUACGCGGUUCUUUGCUCUCGAUAGUUGGAAGCGCCUAGUACACGGUGUUUGUGAACGACGGAAGAGGGGACUGCGGAAAAUUGAGAGGGUGCCAGAGGAAAGGGCGACGAAAGAGAAAGCGAGAGCGAGAGAGAGAGAGAGAGAAAUUAUUCGUGAGAGAAGCGAAUGGGAAAGGGGAGAAGGAGAGACGGAGAGGGAGAAGAGGAACGAGAGAGCGAGAGAGACAGGCAGACGUAGAGGAGCCGGAGAGAGUAAUGAUCGUGACGACGGUCGUGCGGACAAAUGAACACCUCGGCACAGCGUUUGGGAUAUUCCAAGAGCUGCCUGUCAUCGCGAAAACGUUUCUUGCGGCGGUUCUCGGGCUCUAGGGAGAGAGGGAGGGAGUGGGGAGAAGGGGAAAAGCUACGACACGACCUUAUCUACCUCGAAAGGUCCAACGUUCGAUCCAUUGACUCGUCGAGACCCUAAUAUGGCGCACGGAACUGACGUCGGCCGAUAGGUCGCCCGUGUCCUAGAAUCGGGCUCGGAUCGACAUCCCAGUAUCGAGAUGUGAGGAAUGAUCACGUGGGUGAUGGUCGGACUGCUUCUGGCUGCGGAAACUUGCGGCAGAAACGUCCUCUCCGGAAACGGAAACGGAAACGAAAAGGAAGAAACGAAGCGGCGGGAGGGCCUGAAGGGCGUCAGCGCGGACGAGGAAGACAUCUACCGUCUAACGUGCUACACUUGCGUCAACGUCAGCGAUAACCAGAUGUGCAACGAAUGGGCGAUAGAUACGCCGUGUCCGGCAGGCGGCCGGGAUUUCUGUCAAUCGAUGCACAUUCUGGACAGCCGGGGAAACAGCGUCUUGGUAAGCAAGGCUUGUGUCAGCAGCGAGGAAUGCGGGCCAGGAUUGGUCGGUUGCAUUCCCAUGGACACGCAGCAGAUUUGCAUAAGUUGCUGCGACCUGAGCUACUGCAACAUCGAGUCGCCCACCAACGCCACGAACGCGAUCUACUCGCGCAAACGGCGAGCCAAGUCGAAAUCGAAGCGCAAACGGCCCGGCAGAAACGGGGUCGACGCGGCGAUGCGGCUGUACGGGCCCAGCUUGCUCUGGCUUCCCGCCUCGCUCUUCUAUGCAUAUCAUUGCUGAGGAAGCAGCAACAUUAAUCAUUCGCGCACGCGAAGCGGACAGCGCGGAAAUCGCGCGCGAAAAUCACACGGCGGAUGGUGACGUUGCCGUCUCUCGAUCGAGCGUUGUUCUCUGUGAUUCCUUCUGUAGCUUGACACACGCCUAAAGAAAAUGAUAACUUAUUAAACUGAACAACUGAUGCCGCCGCGCCGUCUAAUUCCGACCAAACUCCUUCUCCGAUAAAUUUCUGCCAUGGAUGAGGGCCAUUUCAUCGCGCUCCAAUUUUUCCCACUCGUCGAGCCGAUCUCGACGACGAUCAUCGUCCAAUUAUUUAGAAAGAAAACGCCAUUCUCUAUUUUUCGUACUCUCGUUUCACUCGCGUUCGUCGUUAUUACUUAAAGCCCGUUAACUUUAAUGGAAGUCGCAAUCUUCGACGAGUAUGUAUGUCGAUCGAACGCUUGUGUUUCGGGCACGCCAGGAAAACGAAAUUCGUUCGUUUCGGGUAUAAAGUGUCCAUAAGGAAUUGUUUGGGAGUAAUUCCAGGAGAGAGACUCGGAGAAACGAGAUAGAUCCGGGGAUAGAGCGGUCGAAAAACUUGGCGCCGUUUCGCGCUGUCCGAAACGUUAUUAAUCGGGGACUCUUGAAACUAAUCACGGGUCCCCCGUGAUGGCAAAAGGAAUUGUUUUCUCGUCGUAGUAUCGGUAGUAUCGCUAUGCCUCGAAGUAGAAGGAACUUAAGGCACACAAAGUACGGCCAAAGAAGGUUUGGAGAAAAUCGAUAGUUCCGAAUUCGUUUCCGGCGAGACUCGACGACAAUCUAGACACGCUACGCAAUAAAAAUCGACUACCAAUCAUAACGUGGUGUAGUAGUUUACCACGACGAUCUACGUCUUGUAUACACUUUGACACUCUUUCAAAAAAUCAAAAGCUAAAGAAACGUAUCGUGAUUAAAAUUAAUUAAUUUAGAGAGUAUAAUAAAAUAAAACGUAGAAAGCGAGAGUGUAUUGUAUGUGUCUAAUAUUAUAUAAGGUGAAAAACUUUAAUUAACUUAAUUUCUCCAUAUCAAAAUAUUUGUGAUAUAUGUGCACAUAUUUCAUAUUUAAUUUAGUGGAAAAUUGAACGGAUCAAAUUAUGUUAUCGCGCGUGACUGAUAAUUAAUAUGAUGAAUGUGCAAUGUUUGUUCCAAUUAUAAGAGCGUAAUUCGUCAAAGAAACCGCUUAAACUCGCUACAUCGAAACUUUUUGGUGUAAAAAUUGUUCAAUUACGUAAGUAACGCAUCAGAAGCGAAUUCGAAUUAUCGAAUGAAAAAAUUAAAUUCACACAUCUACUAACAACAUCUACAAACUCGCCUAUUACAGACUCUUUACUGCUAUCGUAAUUAUUAACGAUUAUACAUAAAUAUAUUACAAUAUAGAUACUAUACAUUGUUUCGGCAUGAUGUAAGAAUACUGUUGGUAAUGAAAUAAAGAAAAUUAUACUUGUCACAUAUUUUUCUUUAUUAUCUUUAUAGCAUAAACUGUUGUAUGAAUAUCCGUCGUAUUUUUGCAUUUGCAACCAUGUUUUAUUUAUCCGAAUAAAUUUAAAUAAAUAAACGACAUUUUUGUUUCGUUAAUUCUGUUAAUUUUGAUUUAACAAGCUUGCGGUAUUGUAAAACGGAUUACAUUCUGGAAUAUAUGAAGUAUGGCAAUUUUGCCGAACAAUUCCAAAUAAUGAAAUAAAUCAUCGCAAAUAAUGAAAUGUAAUAAAUUGAAUAAAUUUACUCACUGCGAAUGUUGUACAACCACAAUACUCCCGUCGUUAUAUGUAUAUUCCAUUCGGUGUCAAUUUCUGCUUGAAAUGCUUUAUCCUAAAGUCAAUCAAGUCACGUGGAUGCGAGUGGAAAUUACGUUUAAUUGUAAUCGCACACACAAACGAAUCUUCUCGUUUUCGUAUUGUUGCCAACACGUUUGAGGCUGUUGAGCUGUAAUGAUAUUCAAUAUGUAAUUAGUCGGAUCGCACACAUAUCAAUUUCAAUAAAAUAAACGGAAUUAUUUUCUCUUUUUCUCAUGCAUCAUUUUUUAUACUUUGA